AUGGCUGCCUGGCUGGAACACAGGCUGGCUGGCAGCAACACUGGUUGGCUGGAUGGCAGCCUGGCAGGAACGCUGCUUGGCAGGAACGCUGGCUGGCUGGCAGGAACCCAGGCUGGCUGGCAGGAACGCAGUCUGGCUGGUAGGAACACAGACUGGCUUCCAGGAACACUGACUGGCUGGCUGGCUGGCUGGCAGGAACGCUGGCUUGCAAGUUCGCUGGCUGGCUGGCAGGAGUGCUGGCUAUCUGUCAGGAACACAGGCUGGCUGGCAGGAACGCAGGCUGGCUGGUGGGAAUGCAGGCUGUCUGGCAGGAACACAGGCUGCCUGGCAGGAACGCAAGAUGCUUGGAAUGCUGGCUGGCUGGCAGGAACACAGCCUGGCUUACAGGAACUCAGGCUGUCUGUCAGGGACACAGGCUGGCUGGCAAGAACGCAGGCUGGCUGGCAGGAACGCAGGCUGGCUGGCAGAAACGCAGGCUGGCUGGCAGGAACACUGGCUGUUUGGCGGGCUGGCUGGCAGGAACGCUGGCUGACUGGCAGGAGCGCGGACUGGCUGGCAGGUACACUGGCUGGCUGGCUGGCAGGAAGGCUGGCUGGCAGGAAUGCUAUCUGGCUGGCACAAACACUGGCUGGCUGGCAGGAACACAGGCCGGCUGGCAGGAGCACAGGCUGGCUGGCAGGAACGCAGGCUGGCUGGCAGGAACGCAGGCUGUCUGGCAGGAACACUGGCUGGUUUUCGGGUUGGCUGGCAGGAAUGCUGGCUGACUGGCAGGAACACAUCUGGCUGGCAGGAACACAGGCUGGCUGGCUGGCUGGCUGGCAGGAACACAGGCUGGCAAGAAUGCUCUCUGCCUGGAUGGAACGCUGGCUGGCUGGUAGGAACGCAGGCAGGCUGGCUGGACCACAGGCUGGCUGGCAGGACCUGUGGGUGAAUGGCUGGCCAACUGGCAGGAACGCUGACUGUCAGGAACGCUGCCUGGCAGGAACGCUGGCUGUCUGGCAGGGGAGCUGGCUGGCAGGAAAUUUGUCUGCCUGGCAGGAACACAGGCUGGCUGGCAGGAACUCAGGCUGGCUGGAUGGAUCUCAUGCUGGCUGGCAGGAACGCAGGCUGGCUGGCAGGAACACUGCCUGGCUGGCUCGCUGGCUGGCAGGAACGCUGGCUGGCAAGAAUGCUGGCUGGCAGGCACGCAUGCAGGAUGUCUCGCAGGAACACAGACUGGCUGGCAGGAACGCAGGCUGGCUGUCAGGGACACAGGCUGGCUGGCAAGAACGCAGGCUGGCUAGCAGGAACGCAGGCUGGCUGGCAGAAACGCAGGCUGGCUGGCAGGAACACUGGCUGUUUGGCGGGCUGGCUGGCAGGAACGCUGGCUGA